AUGUCAUCCAUUGUCUCAAUCGUACUCCGUGAUCAGUCCGAUAUACCAGUGCGUCUCCGGCUGAGAACAGAAAGCUCCGAGCCUUAUCAAGGGAUUGAUUCAACAGCUCUGCAGUUUUCGAACCGAGAUGAGGAAGUCGAUGUGGACAUUCUAGUCGGAAUCGAUUACUAUUGGAGCAUCAUCGAUCCACUGAAACCUCGUACGAUCGACAAAAUGGGCAAGGACGCCGACCAUGAUGGGCAAUUAGAUGGGCAAGGACGGUCAACUAAGUUGGGCACGGCAUCGACGACUACGACUCCUAUUCUACAACAUCGUCAAGUCAAUCAACAUCUUGCUACGUCACAUCAAGUUGCUGUUUCGAGUUCGAUGGUUUCGAUGGUCAAUCAGUCCAAUGGUCAACGACGAAUGGAAAGUGGAGGAUUCCGGCGCAAUUCAGUAACGUCAAUUUUUGGUAGCCCUUGA